AUGUCAAAGCCUUGCAUCUUAGCUUGCUUGAACAGACCAGCUGGAAGUAUGGAUAUCACUGAUCCUGUAUCUAUUAGUGCUUCAGUCGUGAGUUCAGAGACCUAUAUGUCGUACAACGUCAGUUUCCCCACCGCCACUGUACUUGGAUCUACAGGUGACUGGUAG